AUGCAAACUGCUUCUACAAACAUUUGUGAAAGACUGUACAAUAAGUCCAUCUGUGAAAUUUCCUUGCUACUAAAUAUUCCACAGUCAACCGUUAGUAGUAUUAUAACAAAGUGGAAGCAACUGGGAACAACAGCAACUCAGCCACGAAGUGGUAGGCCACGUAUAAUGACAGAGCAGGGUCAGCGCAGGCUGAAGUGCACAGUGCGCAGAAGUUGCCAACUGUCUGCAGAGUCAAUAUCUAAAGACCUACAAACUUCAUGAGGCCUUCAGAUUAGCACAACAGUGUUUCCAUGGCUGAGCAGCUGCAUUCAAGCUUUACAUCACCAAGUACAAUGCAAAGUGUCAGAUGCAGUGGUGUAAAGCACACUGCCACUGGACUCUAGAGCAGUGGAGAUGUGUACUCUGG